UAAGAUGUAUAUUUGCUUGAAGGCUGUGAAGGAUGGUUGGAUUGAGGGGUGUAGAAGAGUGAUUGGUGUAGAUGGAUGUUUUUUAAAGGGACUUUGUAGAGGUGAGGUACUUUCAGCUGUUGGUAGGGAUGCUAAUAACCAAAUGUAUCCUCUAGCCUGGGCUGUUGUACCAGUCGAAAAUAAGUCAAAUUGGAAAUGGUUUUUGGAUCUACUACUUGAAGACAUUGAUAUGGGAUAAGGUAGAGGACUAACCAUCAUCUCUGACCAACACAAGGGACUGAUUGAAGUAGUUAAGGAAAGAGUGUCAGAAUGUGAGCAUAGACAAUGUGCUAGGCAUGUUUAUGCCAACUUCAAUAAAAAAUUCUCAGGAGCUGAAUACAGAAAACUUUUCUGGUUUGUUGCCAAGGCCACAACAACCACAAAAUUUGAAGAUAUCAUGAAGGAGAUCAAACUGAUUGACAGUACUGCCUAUGAACACAUGAUGGAAAAAAAACCAAACACAUGGUCUAGGGCAUUUUUUAGGGAAGAUAGUGGUAGUGAUGCCAUUGAAAAUGGUGUAUCAGAGUCAUUUAAUGCAAUUAUUGUGGAAGCUAGAAAAAAAAACCAAUAAUAGCAAUGUUGGAAGAUAUUAGAGUGUAUGUCCUGGAAAGGAUGUUUACUCAGAAAAGGAAGGGACUGAAGUGGAACUUGGAGAUUUGUCCCUCAAUUAGAAGGAAGAUUGACGACAUGAAGAAAAUACAGAGGUUUUGGGGAGUAAUUCCAAGUGGUUUUCAUCAAUAUGAGAGUAGAUGGUUGGAUGUGGUGUAUGAAGUUGACUUACAUAAAAGAACCUGUGGAUGUAGAUCAUGGCAGCAGACAGGUAUACCAUGUGUCCAUGCUAUUUCUGCAAUCUUGUGCUUGAAUAGGAAUAUAGAGGGGUAUGUAGCAAAUUGGUAUACAACACAAAUGUUUGGAAGCUGCUACAUGUAUAAUAUUAAGCCAAUAAAUGGACAUGAAAUGUGGCCAACAAAUGAUAUGAAUACCAUCUUACCAGAAAAGCGUAGAAGAAUGUCUGGCAGACCAAAGAUAAACAGGAAGAAAUGCAUUUCAGAAAGAAGUGACAGACACACUGUUAGCAAAGUUGGGACCACUUCUAAAUGUAGUUUAUAUUCCCAACAAGGUCAUAACAAGAGGAAAUGUCCUCUGAAACAGCUUAAUGCAGUAGAUGAUUCAGAUCUCUUUGAUUACCAUGAGCUAUUUGAAGGUGAGGGACAGGGUCAAGGGCAAGGACAAGGAGAAGGACAGGGACAAAGCCAUGGGGAAGUUGAGGAUGUUGGAGUUGAUUUAGAGGAGGAGGUUGGAGGUGAUUCAGAGAAAGAAGUUGGAAGAGAUUCAGAGGAUGAUUUAGAGGUGGAGGUUAAACAAGUGGUUGAUGAAGAAGUGGUGAAUCUUGGAAACCAUCAUUUGGUUGCUCCAUCUUUGAAAAGGAGAAAGUGUGGUCCUUCUCAGAGGAACACAAAACUUAGGUUGAGGAGGAAAGUGGUGACCAAAGAUGAUAUAGGGGGAAGUCUUGAAAAUCCUCUCACACUCUAGGAGCAGUAAUGGGGACGACUUUUGUGAAGGGCAUCUUUUGUUAGCUUUUGCCUUUGUGAUAUUUUGUUAGCUUUAGUGCAGGAAAUCUUUUGGUAGGGAAUCUUUUGUUGGGCACAACUU